UUGCGGUCUGAGUGCUCCUGUCUCUUUAAGGUUGGGCAGCCUGUGGCGUCACGCGUGCGGAGCGUGCUGAAGACCGGGAACAGGCUGAGCUCGUUGACUUCCAGCAAACUACAGACUUCUACUUUUCUCAGUGUUGCCGUCAUGCCUGCGAAAAGGACCACCACCAAGAGGAAGUCCGAGGUUGUUGUGGAGGAUGCAGAUGCCAAGAAAGUGAAAGUUUCCCACAGGAGUCAUGGUAAGGAGGCAGGCCAGGUUCUCGUCCUGGGCCAGGGGGACGUUGGACAGUUGGGUUUAGGCGAGAACAUCAUCGAGAGGAAGAAGCCAGCACUUGUGACCUUGCCGGACAAAACUGUGCAAGUGAUAGCUGGAGGCAUGCACACAGUGUGCCUCAGCGACAAUGGUCAUGUCUAUACGUUUGGCUGUAAUGACGAAGGGGCACUUGGUCGCGACACAACAGAGGAGGGGUCUGAGAUGGUUCCAGGAAAGGUGACACUGGACGAGAAGGUGGUGCAGGUGUCGGCAGGAGACAGCCACACAGCCGCGCUCACAGAGGAUGGGACAGUUUACAUCUGGGGCUCCUUCAGGGAUAACAAUGGUGUUAUUGGUCUCCUGGAGGCCAUGAAAGCGUCUCCUGUUCCGAUCAAAGUCCCCAUGUCGGAGACUGUAGUGAAAAUUGCUUCAGGCAAUGAUCACCUGGUGCUGUUGACACUGGAGGGAAAUGUUUACACAUCAGGCACAGCAGAGCAGGGGCAGCUGGGAAGAGUGCCGGAGCAUUUCUCAAACAGAGGCGGCAGGAAAGGCCUCGACCGGCUGCUGGUACCACAGGUGGUCAAAGUCAAAGGCAAAGUUCACUUCAUCGAUGCCUUCUGCGGCGCGUACUUCACCUUCGCUGUUUCUAAAGAAGGACACGUGUAUGGAUUUGGCCUCUCCAACUACCACCAGCUGGGCACUAAAACCACAAAGCUGUGUUUUGUCCCAGUGAAACUCGCAUGCUUCAAGAACUCUACCAUCUCUUGGGUUGACUUCUCUGGAGGACAACAUCACACUGUCUGCCUUGAUACUGAAGGACAGGUUUACAGCCUGGGGAGAGCAGAGUACGGUCGUCUUGGUCUGGGUGAAGGGGCCGAGGAGAAGAAUGAGCCCACACCUGUGAUGGGGAUGGAGCCGGCGAGCGGUGUGACGUCUGGGGCGUCUGUCAGCUACGCCGUCACCAGGGAAGGAUCUGUGUACGCCUGGGGCAUGGGCACCAACCUGCAGCUCGGCACGGGAGAGGAGGAUGACGAGUGGAGCCCCGUAAAGAUGACCGGCAAGCAACUGGAGAACCGUACAGUACUCAUGGCCUCCAGCGGAGGGCAGCACACAGUCCUUUUGGUCAAAGACAUGCAGGAGAGCUGAUGUCCAUCUGUGGCAGAGAAAUGAUGAGGGCUCUGAUUCAAGAUGGGGCCCAGCCUAUUUGCAGGGAGGGGUUUAAUCUGUAUGUGGCUUACUGUGCUUAGCCGAGGGGAGAGGUUCAGCCCCUUUUACCAGUACUCCGCUCUACGUAGCUAGGGGGGGGGCAUUUUUGUGGAUGUUUGGAAGAUCAUGAGAGACUAUUUUUUUAAAUCCAGUUUUUGAUGUUCACUUUGAAUUCAUAAGUCAUCAGAAUGACUCUAAAGUGGCAUAUGUGAUGUUUGUGAAUGUGACUGCAUGUACAUAAAGGAAAUGAAAGUGCAGAGGUUUUAAUGAUUUCCCCACACAUUAGUCUUUUUAAUGUCUCUUUUGUUUUCUUAUCUUCAAAGCAAUAAUUCAGUUGACCUUGGUUCAGCCUGGACAUUUAUACUCAAUGGGUUUAAUAUGUGAGACUACUGUUCAUUUUACCUACAGGGCAAACAAAAUGGUUGUGGCUAUUUGGACUUUUGGAAACAUGUCAUAAUGUAUUCUGCAUUUUGUUGGUUUCCCAGUCUGAAAAUAAAGAUAACAAUUUUAAAAUGGA